AUGGGUCCCACCACCAUCACAGCAGAAGAGAUCCGUCUUGAAGAUCUUAUAUCUCGCUUAGAAUUCCUUCCUCUCGUAAUCAGUGCAUCGGAAGAUGUCCUUAUGUCGCCAUUUAGCUUUGUCAGGGUAGCUUAUAUCAUGUAUGACAAUGUGUACAAGAGAGACUCUCGUUCCAAUCCAAAUCCUCCAUCGAGCGCAAAAAUCCGGCAGUUAGUCCUACAAGACUCUUUCAGAAAUCCAAGAGGGAGGAAAAGAUACAUUCGGCCCGAUACGCGUCCCAUCCGACAAGAUUCUCCUAAGAACAGGGAAUUGUUGGGCGCAUUUUGGGAUAAGCUAUCUUUGGAUGAGGCAAUGGAGAUUGCAUCAUUGAAGAAUGCGACACUAGAGGUGAUGAGUUUGAGCAACAUUUCUCAUCUAUAUGUUAUUCUCUUUCAUCUUAUUUCCUUGCCUUUCAAGCUAUAGGGAUUUAUGGUUUAUGAUAAAUUCUGCCAGUUACACCAACUUCAACCAUUUGUUAAUAGAUAUGCAUGUGAAAACAGGGUAAUCGAAUUUUAGGAUUUAUGGAGU